AUGCAGCUUUACAAAAAUGACUUUGACAAGACUCUGCCUGAGCCUAUUGCAACAGGUGCUGAUGAUGCUCCUCAUGCACUGGAACUCAUCCCAGCUUUAGAUGUGUACCGUGUUACCUGCCGCCUUUUCUUGGUGUUUAAGCAGCAGCGUGACAAAAAACGGUUUGAGAAACUCUGCAAAUACAUUGUACAGAGUUUACUCUCUGAAUCUGUAAAGAUGUCUUAUGUUGGUGUCUUCUUGAAUAAGGAGUACAGUCUUCCUUGGAUUGCACACAUUAAAGACCUUCUAUACAAAUGCUGCGUUUACUUAGAACAAAUGAAACCAGAGUCACCAGUAGACAUGCAGAGUAUCUUGAUCUAUCUACACACUCUCAUAGCAUUCACUGCUACUAACACCUGGGCCUUGACCAGGUCGAAGAACUUUGAGAAGCUUCGUGGAGGCAUGACACAGUUGUGUGCAAAUAUAAUGGGAUCCUUAUUUCAUAAAGGAUAUUAUUUAACAUUGAAGUCGCUUCUUCUCCGAGGUUUGUGUCGUGAAAAGGUGGUUCUCAAGAAUGUGGCUCUGGCCGCCAUAGUGACACUAUCCUUGCGACCUUUGGUCUCAGCACAGUUUUCUGAAAAGUUGCUGACUAUGUACAUAAUACAGAUAUUAUCUGUGCCCACGUUAGUGUAUCAUAUGCAACAGAUUUCGCCUGAGUCAAUGGCGGCGUUCCGGCAGCAUUCAAUGUUCGACAAAUGCGUGGAGUUCCUCAGCACAGAUCAAAAUAUGCGCAUUGUAUUCAACACGCUUGAAGGCAACUACGCGCUAUGUCUGUUGGCUAAUCUUAUACAAUUGGCUCAUGCGGAGAGAGACCAUACUUCGCCUGAGACUUUUUAUCCUACUUUUGUGUUGGUGGUAACACGCUUCCUGGACUCUUGCCAACAAUAUGUAGUCUGCAAGAAGAGUAACCUUAGCCACUGGCAUCCAGUUCUUGGUUGGUUCUCACAGGGUAUAGAUACAUACCUUCCUCCCACUAUGGGGAACCUCCGUAUCCAAUUAUCCUUGUUGUGGGGAGCUCCAUUGCUGAAGAAACUAGUCGCUGCGCCAUUGAAGGAAAUGUUGGAAGCUGGUGUGAGUGGGGAAGAAGGCGCUGGGCCGUCUCAACCUUCCACUCCAGUACAGAGUAACAAUCCAGCUGCUUUUAUUAGAAGAGCUAUCGAAGCUAGAACUAAUAGAGGUAACGCCCACAAGAACUACAGGAAAUUAGGAUCGCCAGAUUGCACGAAGGUGGCCCUUAUCUGUUCUAUGUAUCACACCGCUUUGCAGACAAUGACGCAAGUAAAAUUGGAUAUAUUGACAGGUCUUUGCAAUCAAGAUGAGAUCCUGUACUCCCUCUGGCAGUUCCUCUGUACCCUAGGCCAGAACUGCGGCCUGAAAUCUUUCCUAGAUCUGCUCGCUGUAAAUACAAAGACAUCAGCACCUGAGUUUCAGAUGCUGAUUCUUUUUGCUGAUUGCAUGACACACUAUGUUACAAUCCUGGAUGAUAUGGAAAUGUAUGAACAGCAAGAUCCAUUCAAACUGCAGGAUUUCAUUAACAUGUCACAGUUUUUGAAUAUGUUUGUUUACAAAUCUAUCAUGGGACAGUUGUUUGAUCUGAAAAACAUCCAAAGCAACAAGCUGUUCAAUGCUCUCCACACCCUUCUCCUGGUGCUGUACCGGCGCGACUGUCGCCGGCCCUACACGCCGCCCGCCCACUGGCUGGUUAGGGAAAUCCGCGACGCCCAGUUCAUGUGUGACCUUGAUAAGGGCAAGAAGCCACAGCAGGUACUAGUUCAAAAGACUCCACACAUGAUAGCUCACGGUGAACGGGUCCGAUUGUUCAGGCGAGCAGUGGCUGAUGAAAAGGUGGUCCUAGGCCUGACGGAGCGAGCUUGUGGUGGUCGGUCUACCUUAGUAACCGUGCGUCGAGCGAGACUCGUAGAAGAUGGCUACAGGCAGCUAGCAGCGCUGCCCAGCAGGGCUUUGAAGGGUGUCGUUAGAGUCCGCUUCAUCAACGAACAGGGGCUGGAUGAAGCGGGGAUUGACCAAGAUGGCGUGUUUAAAGAAUUUUUAGAAGAAACAAUAAAGAGAGUGUUUGACCCAUCCUUGAAUCUGUUUCGGGUUACGAGUGAAGAAAGACUUUAUCCAUCUCCAACGUCUUGUCUGCAAGAGAAUCACUUACAACUAUUUGAGUUCAUUGGUCGGAUGCUUGGAAAAGCUGUUUACGAGGGUAUAGUAGUAGACGUGCCGUUCGCGUCGUUCUUCCUCAGCCAAGUAUUAGGGCAGACGCAGCAGGCGCUUUACAGCUGGAUCGACGAACUGCCAUCGUUGGACCGCGAUUUGUACAGAAGUCUUACCUAUAUCAAACACUUCCAAGGAGAUAUCUCUAGUUUAGAACUCACAUUCUCCGUAGACGAGGAAAGAUUGGGAGAGAUCGUCACCCACGAACUGAUGCCCGGUGGUAAAGCUAUCCCAGUCACCAAUGAAAAUAAAAUAAACUACAUCCACCAAAUGGCCCACUUUAGAAUGCACACGCAAAUUAAAGAUCAAACAAAUGCCUUCAUCAAGGGCUUUAGAACCAUCAUCAAUCCGGAAUGGCUCUCACUGUUCUCUACUCCUGAGUUACAAAGACUGAUAAGCGGUGACAACGUGCCACUAGACCUGCGCGAUUUACGACGGCACACACAGUACUACGGUGGCUUCCACGACUCGCAUAGGGUGGUUUGCUGGCUUUGGGACGUGCUGCAGCGCGAUUUUACUGAAAACGAGCGCGCUAUGUUCCUGAAGUUCGUCACAUCAUGUUCCAAACCACCAGUGCUGGGCUUCGCGCAUCUCAAACCACCGUUCUCCAUCCGUUGCGUCGAAGUUGGUGAUGACGAGGACACUGGUGAUACGAUAGGGAGCGUGAUUCGAGGUUUCUUCACGAUCCGCAAGAAGGACCCCUUGAACCGACUGCCGACUUCGUCCACAUGCUUUAACUUACUGAAACUGCCUAACUACCAAAAACGAAGUACGUUACGCGACAAACUUCGAUACGCUGUCAAUAGUAACACUGGCUUUGAAUUGUCGUAGUUGUGUUUUACAUUUCAAGGUCAUCGUUUCUUUACUGCGCACCCAUCAUCUGCAGGUAUUUAAGCUACGGACAACCAUUACGAAUCAAUGAAUGUCUGAUGUACGUACGUACUUUAUUGUUACUUAAGUUUGUAUAUUUAUAGUACACAACUGUUAUUUACAUUUCAUAGGAAACCAUAUUGGUCGACACGGAAUCGCAUUAAACCACUUAGACAAAGCUUUUUGCACAAGCAACAAGGGCGACGUAAUCCUAGGUCGGACGAAAGUUCAAGACGUCGGGGAUCGUGUUAUAGACCUAAGAGUCUAUGCUACCUUAGUUUGAAUCCAAAUCCUUCCCGCACUAAUACGGCUCGUUUUACGUGGAACGACCGGCUGGGACAUCUGUUAAAAGUUAACUGUGCUACUAUUCAACCGCCAUUGCAAUGAUUUGAUAUUCAAUGGUGAAUCGAUGGCGUAGUCUACUAUUUCAAAUAAAAAAUACAUUUAAUUUGAAUGCUGAUUAAACGAGAUAAAAAUUAAGAUAUCGUCGCCUUACUUUCUCAAACUCGUAUC